AUGAAAUCAACAAAAGCAAGACAAGUUACAAAUACAUCUCAAAUUGAAACUACACUGAACAAUUAGAGUAUUUCUUCUCGUAAGGUUCCAAAAUUGCCAUACUUAUACAUAAAGCACAAUCAAGUUCUAUCUACAUCUCGAAAACUCUUGAUAGAUGAGAAUUCUGUUCUCAUUCAGUUAAAUGGAUAGAAAAAGGAGCUGCUAAAACUGAUUUAUGAUCGAUAAUUGGAUGAAGCUAUAGAUACAACAAAGAAAUUAGUUUAGUAAUGCAUUGCCUAUGAUCUGAAUAUAUUCGGAAAAUCACUUCACAUACUUGCGGACAUGUAUAUAUCCAAUAGGGAAUUUGCUAAUGGAUUGUACAUUUACAACGUGCUUAGAGUUUUGGGGGACGUUUAAAACAAUUAAGCACUUAAAAUUGAAGCUCUGAUUCAAAUGGGAGAUUUAUGCAAACUAUAAUAAUAGUAUCAACUCAGCAAGAUAUUUCUGAAGAAAGCUCUUUAGUAUGUUUGGUAUUUGAAUGAUACUGAAAACGAAGCAACAAUUUAUGAUUAUUUUGGAGUUCUUUAUUACGUGUAAGGAGAAUUAAGAUUGGCGAAGGAAUAUCAUGACAGAGCUAUGAAUUUUAUAAAAGAAUCUAAUGAUAGUGCAGCACGUAAACAUGGAAUAGAAUAUGUGAAGACAUACAUUAAAAGAAUAAAUUAUUAAUCUCAAGUCAUGAAUAAUAUGGUAUUGUCUAAAUUAGGAUUGAUCUAAGGCAAUGAAACAGAAAUUAAAUUAAAUACACUCCUGGAUUUCAAUAUUUUGACAGAAUAAAUUUUAUAGGAUUAUGAAUUUCAAGUUGAAAUGUCAACACCAAAUAGACCGCAAAGAUGUAUAACUAAAAAUGGAGUGCUUCAAAAUGAUGUUGACAUGUUUGAAAAUGUAAAAGAAUUGCAUGAACGAUAAAAAAAAAGAAAGUUUUUUGAAAAAAAAAUACCAGUAAUGCAUCUAACUCGAUCAGUUUUCAAAUAAACUAUUGAAGAACAACUUGAAUAAAGAAUGAAAACAGAUAAACAAAAAAAUUCUGUGGAAGAAUAUAAGAAGUAGUUAUAAAAAUUUCAUACUUAUAAAAACUUCCCUGAAAAAUUAGAAAAAGUCAAUAUUAAUCAUUUGUCUCCAAACAGAAAUCUUAUUGGUUUUAAAUAUAGUUUCAAACCUAUGCGCCAUUCAUUACUUGAUCUAUUUGGCGAGAUUGAAUAAUAUACCUAUUUACAUUCAUCCUGA